AGAUGGCUGCGCCCAUGCAGACACUUGGAGGGAAGUUUGGUUUGUAAUCCAUGUGGUCUGGGAAACAGUAAUGGCGGCGCCGGCCACCGGAGACAGGAGACGCCAGGCUGAUAGAUGCACAUUUAACCACGCGGGCACAGCGGAGGCCGCGGCUGAUGAAAAGACCACUCUGUAUGUGGAAACUCAGGAACAGCGGAAUCCGGUCCUGGAACGCUGAGCCCGCCUUAGGAGGCAUCUGAAGGGUUACACAGUAGUGAAGAAGAUAUCCGGUGAGUGUAAGACACCGAGCAGCCAUCCCCGUGUGUCAGGAAGAAGAAAGACCCAGAGCCUCAUCUCGGUGCCUCCACCUCACUCACUGACACAUGACACAUUGACCAGAAGAUCCUGGAACUCACCAACAAGAUCAUUCAGCUGCUGACUGGAGAGGAGGGGGAGUAUAUAGAGGAACACAGGGGUCUAUACAAGGACGUGAUGAUGGAGAAUCACUGGCCCCUCACAUCACUGGAUGGGCCCAGUAACAGAGAUACCCCAGAGAGAUGUCUCCGUCCUCUGUAUUCCCAGUAUUGUACAGAGGAGAACCACAGGACCCCACAGGAGGAUCAGGUAGAACGUCUGUCUGAUAUUAAAAUAGAAGGUACAGAGGUAGAAGAAGAGACGUAUGUGACUGAUAUGAAGGCAGAAGAUAUAGAGGGAGAAGAAGAGACGUAUAUGACUGAUAUAAAGGCAGAAGAUAUAGAGGGAGAAGAAGAGACGUAUGUGACUGAUAUAAAGGGAGAAGAUAUAGAGGGAGAAGAAGAGACGUAUGUGACUUAUAUAAAGGCAGAAGAUAUAGAGGGAGAAGAAGAGACGUAUGUGACUGAUAUAAAGGCAGAAGAUAUAGAGGGAGAAGAAGAGACGUAUGUGACUGAUAUAAAGGCAGAAGAUAUAGAGGGAGAAGAAGAGACGUAUGUGACUGAUAUAAAGGCAGAAGAUACAGAAGGAGAAGAAGAGACGUAUGUGACUGAUAUAAAUGCAGAAGAUACAGAGGGAGAAGAAGAGACGUAUGUGACUGAUAUAAAGGCAGAAGAUAAAGAGGGAGAAGAAGAGACGUAUGUGACUGAUAUAAAGGUAGAAGAUAUAGAGGGAGAAGAAGAGACGUAUGUGACUGAUAUGAAGGCAGAAGAUAUAGAGGGAGAAGAAGAGACGUAUGUGAGGGGUGAUCAGCUGUGUAAGGAGGAGGAGAUCCCUACAGAUAUCAGCACAGCAGAUGGACACACAAGCAGGAAUAUCUCAGAAGGACAACUAAUGUUAUCCCCGGAUUGUGACAUAAAAGAUAAUGACAGUAGACAGGAUUCUCCAGGAGAUAAUCCCAUUACCCCAAUUAUACAUCCAGCUCUAUCAGCUGAUCCCCCUGAUCCUGGGAAAUGUUCUCCUGAUCACUCUGAUAUUGGUGCAUCUGUUACAGCUCUGACAGUAGAUACAGAGUUUCCAUGUUCUAUAGAUGCCAAAUGUUUUACACAGAACACAAAGCCUAUUACCCAUCAUCCAGCUAAGGCAGGUAAGAGGCCACUGAUAUGUUCUGAGUGUGGGAAAUGUUUUACAAAGAAAUCAGCUCUUGUUACACAUCACAGAAGUCACACAGGUGAGAAGCCGUUUUCCUGUUCUGAGUGUGGGAAAUGUUUUACACAGAAAUCAGCUCUUGUUACACAUCAGAGAAGUCACACAGGUGUGAAGCCGUUUUCCUGUUCUGAGUGUGGGAAAUGUUUUGCAUUGAAAUCAGUUCUUGUUAAACAUCAGAAUAGUCACUCAGGUGAGAAGCCGUUUUCCUGUUAUGAGUGUGGGAAAUGUUUUGCAUGCAACUCAAAUCUUGCUACACAUCAGAGAAGUCACACAGGUGAGAAGCCGUUUUCCUGUUCUGAGUGUGGGAAAUGUUUUGCACGCAACUCAAAUCUUGCUACACAUCAGAGAAAUCACACAGGUGAGAAGCCGUUUUCCUGUUCUGAGUGUGGGAAAUGUUUUGCAUGGAAAUCAGAUCUUGUUACACAUCAGAGAAGUCACACAGGUGAGAAGCCGUUUUCCUGUUCUGAGUGUGGGAAAUGUUUUACAAAGAAAUCAGCUCUUGUUACACAUCAGAGAAGUCACACAGGUGAGAAGCCGUUUUCCUGUUCUGAGUGUGGGAAAUGUUUUACACAGAAAUCAGUUCUUGUUACACAUCAGAGAAGUCACACAGGUGUGAAGCCGUUUUCCUGUUCUGAGUGUGGGAAAUGUUUCGCAUUUAAAUCAGUUCUUGUUAAACAUCAGAAUAGUCACUCAGGUGAGAAGCCGUUUUCCUGUUCUGAGUGUGGGAAAUGGUUUACACAGAAAUCAUCUCUUGUUACACAUCAGAGAAGUCACACAGGUGAGAAGCCGUAUUCCUGUUCUGAGUGUGGGAAAUGUUUCACACAGAAAUCACAUCUUGUUACACAUCAGAGAUGUCACACAGGUGAGAAGCCAUUUUCAUGCUGUGAGAGAAAUAAAUCCGCUCUUGUUGAACACAUUAGACAUUACCCAAGUACGGAACCAUUUAAAUCUUCUGGAGUAUAAUCAUCACUGUCGUCCAAUGUUCCUCAAGGGUGAAUCCUAUCUCCUAUGCUUUAUAAAAUAUACAUGCUACCACUGGGUGAUAUAAUCAGACGUCAUGGCCUGGUCUACCACUGCUAUGCAGAUGACCUGCUUUUUGCUCCAUGUACUGAGAACCUAAUACCAAUAAAUGGUUGUCUAGCUGAGCGCCAGGGGUGGAUGAUGCCAGUUGGCUAUGACUCAGUCUUUGUGAAACAUAAUAGAAGCUCACCAACAAAGGACAAGACUACAGCUUUACCAACCAUCUGGAUUUAUGCUUUGGUGUUCAGAAUCGCAAAAUACUGAACGUGUGCUGAAUCUUUGUGUUGUCCUAGUAUGUGGCUGACACAGACAUCAGGUAUCUGCCACAUACAAAUCCUCAUUCUUCCAUCUGUGGACCAUAGCCAGAAUCAAACACUUGAUUCCCUCGGAAGUUCAUAGACUACUGCAAUGCCAUCUACUUGGGUCACCCAGCAAAAUAAUUACAGAGCUUGCAGAUAGUACAUAAUGCAGCAGCCAAGCUGUUACCUAACCAGCCCGUUCCUGCCACAUAACACCCAUUCUCUGCUCCCUUCACCGGCUGCCUGUAAGAUGACAAAUCUAUUUCAUAAUUGGCUAACUGACCUUCCCAGCCCAACAUUACAUGGUCCAAGGUGCUAGAAGCAGCUUCUGCCUCCUUACUGCCCUGCUUGCUUGCUUCUACAGAUGAAGGACUGUUACCAGCAGUACCAAGAAUCUCCUGUCAUUCAUUUAAGGGUCAAAUUUUUAACUUUGCAGCCCUUACCAUGGAACGUACUGCCUUGCACAGUCCAAGAGACCACCACUCUAGAGAACGUCACAAAUAGACUGAUGACUGCUACUCACGCUUUUCAUUAAUGUACCUCUAUUUACUUCCUAAAUAAUACAUCCUAAAUGCUUAGGUCUUUUUUCUGCUGUUUAUUUUGUAUCUUGUGCUUUGUGUAAAUGUGAAUGUCUAAUACCAGUUUGCACAAUCUGUAUUGCUGCACGACAAUAUGGCGGCCAUUGGAACAUGUUUUCACUUCUAGUUUGCCUAACUUGUUGCAGACACUCAUCUUGAUCAGGAGUGCUGAGUGUUUUCAGAUACAAGAUCCUAUCUAUAUAUACCCUGUAUAUUAUAAUGUGCAUUAGAGUCACCCGGGUUACAUCUGCAGUGGUUUGUUGUAUGUUACAUCUAUAUGGUGCGGAUACUCCUCUGUAUGAUCUCAUAAUA